AUGGCAAAUAAACCACCAACUUGUUAUUGUGGUGCUGAUAGAGAUUUAUCUAAAGUUGAAGUUCAAUGUUGUCUUUGUCUUCGAUAUUGUCAUCAUGAUUGUAUUUCUCUUACAACUGGACCAAUGCUUCCAUUUAUGACAAAUUAUCAUUUUUUAUGUAAAGAUUGUUCGCCAAAUAAACCCGAAGAACAAUUUGUAAAAAAAACUGCAACAUUCAAUCAAUUAUGUACAACUGUAUUAGCUAAUUUAACUCAACAAUCAUCAUCACAAACAUUUUUUUCUCGAGAUCGAGAAAUAUUACCAUUUAUUGAUGAAAAAUGGGAUUUAUUAACUUUUUCACAAAAGAAAAAUAAACCAACAUUACAUGCAUCAGUUUAUAAAGCAUUGGGUCGUGAAGAUCUUUUUGUUUCAUCGGACAUAGCUGGUGAAUUAAUGAUUGCAUUACGUGAACAAUCUCUUGAUAAAAUAGGUCCAAUGAAUGAAAAAAUUUUUGAAAUAAUGAAUCCAAAUGCUUUUCGUGAUCAAUCUCCAAAUACAACGAAUCCUAUUGUACCAUCAUCAAAUAUAACACCAUUACAAACAAAUCAAUCUGGUAAUGGAACAUUUCAUGGUUCAUCAUCAGCGAAUAGUGUAACAUCAUUAGCUAAUAGUGAAGUAACACGUCGAACAAGUAAACGAAAAUUAGCAACUGAAAAUUCUCUGAAUGCUAAAAGACGUGGUGAUGUACCAAAAUUAGAAAGAUUAAUACCAAAAAGUUUUCCACCUGAAUAUCCAUUCAAUAAAGAAGGAUAUAGAUAUCAUUUAGCUGAACCAGAUCCACAUUCACCAUUUCGACAAAAAUUUGAUGAAACUGAAGUAUGGGCUGGAAAACCAAUACCGGGACAUUUAUAUCGAACAUUUAUUGAGAAUGAAUGCUUAUUAUCAUUAAAUGAUCGAGCUCAACAAUUAAAAUUAAACGAUGAUCGUUUAACAGUCACUGGUGAUAAAGGUUAUUGUUCUGUUCGAUCAACUCAUUCUGUAUCUCAUGGUGCAUGGUACUAUGAAGUAACUAUAACAUCAAUGUCUCCAGAUACUGCAACACGUAUUGGUUGGGCACAACAUUUAGCUAAUUUACAAACACCAAUUGGUACAGAUAAGUUUGGUUAUUCAUGGCGUUCAAGAAAAGGAACAAUAUUUCAUGAAGCUUGUGGUUUACAUUAUUCCAAUGAAGGUUAUGGUGAAAGUGAUGUACUUGGAUUUCUAAUUAUUUUACCUGAAACAACACCACCAGAUGUUAUGUUACCAAGAAAAUAUAAAAAAUUGCCAUUAGUUAAAUUUAAAAAUUAUAUUUAUUUUGAAGAACGCGAUGAUUUACGUGCAGGAGAAGCAAAUUUAAAAUCAACAAAUGGUGGAAAAAUUAUUUUCUAUAAGAAUGGUGUUAAUCAAGGUGUAGCAUUUACAAACAUCCAUGAAGGAAAUUAUUAUGCAGCUAUUUCUAUUUAUUAUGGUGCAACGGUUUCAGCUAAUUUUGGUCCAACAUUUGUUCAUCCGCCUACCGAUAGUCCAGUGCCAUGGAAACCGUUAACUGAAUCAAUAACAGAAACAUAUUGUGCACAUGCAUUAAAUGAUCUACUCUUUCAUAUAUCGCACGACGGUAAAUUAGGUCUUGACUGA